UCUCCCAUGUUUCCUGACCCACACACACAUCAUGGGCUGGUAACAAACAUAAGGAUAACCUAGGGCUUGGUUUGCUCUUUUAACAGCCUAGCUUUGUUUUUUCCCCCUUCCUGCUGGUACUUGGUCCCAGCUGGAAGUGUAUAGUUUUUAUCCUAUGUCACUUUAAGCAACAGGUGCCAUUUUUGUCUACUUCCUUGUAGGGGGCCCUGGCACAAGCGCAAGUUUUAUUGGGACUCUAACAGGAAAGGCACAGAGAGCCACUGUGGUGCUUUCGAUCGGAAAAACUAUUCUGGACCGGGGAACUGAGUCUUGAGAUUGUGUUUUCAGCCUGUUAGUGCAUGCAAGAGAUGGAAGCACGGUCCUCCACCACUACGACUACCAUAGUCGAGACUAAGAAUGACCUGAGUGCAAAUCCCACACGUUCGUCAAAACGCACCUUAACCGAUGACCUGCACACUACGUUCAGCUCCCCCAUGGCUUGGAUCCUCGUGCUGGCCCUCAUCGUAACCUGGUCAGCUGUGGCGGUCAUUAUGUUUGACCUGCUCGACAGCAAGGGUCUUGAAGCCCAUACAUUAUACUGUGACGACCCCUGUUUACCACCUGGACCUCAGCCACACCGUGUCAGGAAAACAUUUAAGGAAGCAGGCAGCCUUAGAGGGGGUAUUCAGCACAUCAGCUCUGAUCCCAUGAAGGCGGUGAACGAAGCCAUGGACGACACAAGCGAUUGGAUAACAUCGAUCUUGACUUUUAUGACUAAUUUGGUAGCACCGGAAGAGGAGGAGGAAGGUGAGCAUCAUUUUGUGAGGAAAAAAGGAGAAUUCUUGCCACCGAGGAAAAAAGUUGCAGAGAUACGGGCCAAGGAGAUGUUACAAGAGGAAGGGGAGUAUGAGGAAGAUGAGGAGGAGGAGGAGGAAGAAGAUGAGGGGCUUGCUGAAGAAGAUGAGGAGGAGGAGGAAGAAGAAGAUGAAGAGUAUGAGGAUGAAGAAGAAGACGAAGAUGGUGAUGAGAUCGAAGAGGAGGAAGAAGAGGAUGAAGAAGAGGAAAAGGGAGAAGAAGAAGAAGAAGAAGAGGAGGAGGAAGCAGCAGCAGCAAAGGAAGCUGUGGAGGAGGAGGGAAUAGAAGAGGAGGGUGAAGAAAAGGAGGAAGAGAAGGCAGAUGCUGAGGAGGAGGAGGAGGAGGAGGAGAAGGAGGAAGAAGUAGCAGCAAAGGAAGCUGUGGAGGAGGAGGGAAAAGAAGAGGAAGAAAGGGAGGAAGAGAAGGCAGAUGCUGAGGAAGAAGCAGAAGAUGAAGAGGAGGACGAAGCAGCAGAAGAAGCUGUGGGAAAAGGUAAGGAGGAAGAGGAAGCUAAUGCUGAGAAGAAAGAAGAACAGGAAGAGGAAGCUGCUGCUGCUCCUGCUGUCGAAAAGGAAGAUGCUUCUAUCCCUGCUAAACCUUAUGAGGAGAUAGAAGUCACUUCUAAAGAAGCUGAGGCAGCUGAUGAGGAGGAGGAGGACAAAACUGAGGUAGAUAAAGAACCACCUGAGGAAGAAGAUGAUGAAGAGAAAAAAGAAGUAGAUGACAUUACUGAUCUUGACCAAAGUGAGGAGAAAGAUGAUGACGAUGAGGUUGAAGAGGCUGAUAUCGCCAUUGCUCUUGGUAUUGUAGCUGAUGCUGGUGCUACAGUCACUGAUGUUGAAGCGCCAGAAACUGGUGAGGAACCUAUACUUCUUAUGGCUGAUGGUGAUUCAGAGCUAUUAACAACCAUAGAGGAGAGUGCUGCUAAAGCUGAUGAUGCAGUAGCUGAUUUAGCUGACUCACAAGAUGGCUUAGCCGCAACUGAUAUCCCAUAUGAUGACCAUGAUGAUAAGAUAGCAAAAGAUCUAGCUGAGGAUCAUGGUGAGGUAACAGAAGGCAGUCUUAAAGAUGAGAUUGGUGCUGGACUGAAAGACGCUGACUCUGAAAAAGAUAUAACAAGUGAGGUUGAGGGUGUUAUUGAGAAGCCUGAGCUAGAUGAUGUUGCAGAUAAGGAGGAGCAGGAGGGAAAAGAGGAGGGAGAGGAACAGAUAAGGGGUGAGGAUGAGGAAGAUGAUGAUGCUAUUAUAGUAACAACACCUGUAGUUAGUUCCGAACUAGGUGGAGAUGAGUCAACAGUGGUGGCUGAUGAAGAUGAUGGCUCUUCACCUGAGAAAGACAUAAGAACCCUGAAAGAAGAAGAGCUGGAUGAAAAGGAUUCAAGCACAGAGGAAGGGGAAACUGCAGAAAAAGCACCAAAACCAGAACCGAUUGCUAAAGCCGAGGAAGUGAAAAAAAAAGAAGUAGAGAAACCUGCGGCAGAGGCUGAAAAAGAAGACAAACAAAAAGAGCCCUCUACCUGUCCUUGUAUGCAUUCAGUAGUACAAAAAGAGCCUCAAAAAGCCCAAGACACUAAACCAAAGGAAGAAAAAGCUGAACCUGAUAAAGUAAAGAAAAGAGAAGCAGAGACUAAGAGAAGGGAACCCCUGCUUAAACAGAGAAAAGAAAAAGAGGCUGCAAGAAGAACAAGACUAGAGAAAGCAAAGAAAGCUCCAAAAGCUAAGGCAGCGGCUGUCAACAUACCCAAAACCAGAAGAUCCCGAGCCUCAGAGGACAUGGAAGUGUCAGCUGCUCCAGCUCCGAUACAGGAUCUUCCUAUGUGCCGACCAACACCUGUGUACUGCCCAGCGCCACCUGGCUGGUAUGUGCAUCAUAUAGUUACAAGUAGCCCAUUACCACCCUCGGCUAUUCCAGAAUCAGAAGUUCCGAUUUUAACAACUCAUCAAGCUCCUAGUUUACUGAAAGAACCAGAAGCUGCUAAGGCAAAGCCAAAACAAGCCACGAAAAAGAAAGAACCAGCUGCGCCAAAAGAAAAAGCCAAAGCAGCUCCUGCGAAGAAGGAGCCCACAGUUACUAAAGCCAAAGUAAAAUCUGCCGUGGCAAAGAAAGGUCCGAUUGCUGUGAAAGAGAGGUCUAAAAGGACAGAGCGAGUGAUCACUAAAGAAAAGGCGAAACCUACCUCUACUAAGAAAGAGCCAGCAGUAACAAAGAAGGCAAAAGUAACAAGAACCUCACAUAAAGAAGAAGAGAAAGCUGUAAAGGAAGUGAAGUCCAAAGCAGAGGUCAAGAAAAAGGCUGCAUCAACACCAAAAGCCAAACAAGCUACUAAAGUUGUGGCGAAACCUGUUCCAGAUGAGAAGAAAACGGCAGAAGAAACCAAAGAGAAAGCAGCCGAGGCACCAGCACCAGCAAAAGACCUGAAAGCAGAGGAAAAUGUCACAGAAGGCAAAAAGCCAGGCAAGAUACCGUACUUCCAGUGUGUUUUAAUGAGUUCAAAAUCCAGCCAGUAUCCACUGCGGCCCAUGUCCCCUGCUAUGAGUCCAGCUAUUAACCCCACCAUGAUGAGAGCCAUGAUGGAGCAGAGGGCCGCAUUACUGCAGCAGAAAGCCCGUGCAGCUGGCCAGUAACUGGACGACAGACCCCGUCUGGCCCUGGCAGGUGCAAACUGCUUAUGAACUUCUAUAAAAACAUAGUGCUGCUGAUCUUCAGAAACCAUCAGAAACCUUAACAAAUAAUGAGUGGAGAUCCCUGGUUUCUCAAUGGACGCUCUCCAUUCUUUCAUAAGAAUCUGACCAUUUUCUCAAUUUUGACAAAAAAGAGAUAUAAAUCGAUUACAGUGUACAGUUUGAAAUAUAUUUAAUGCAUAAACACCUGCCAAAGAAAUAUUGUGUUACUGGGUAGAUUAACUUUUUUUAUUUCUUUGAGCUCUUAAAUCAUCUGUUUACAUUUUUUGCAGGGAAGAUUCUGUUGUUGAUGUUUUUUCUUUCUUAUUGUACAUAAGACUACUCAGCGGUGAAGCAAAUUUCAACCUGGUUAAAUAAUUUAAGUGUUGCUCUAAAUAUUCAGAUAUUUAUUUUUCUAUGUCAGAGUGUAUGAUCCCAUUACGGAAAGAAAUCUAGCAGCACACACUCACUAAGGGCCUUAUCUUUUGGCCCAGGCCAUUUCCUUUGACUCGCUGUUAAUAAGAUUAUGUGUGGUGUGUCUGGGUUCUAGCAGGGUCUGCGAUCUCUCUGCAUUUGUAUGCAUGGCCAUUAGAAAACAGGAGGACGCCAUUUGGACUGAUUCUGAUUUCUAUCUUAACCGAUGAAAAGAGCUUACAUGCUUAUAGAAAUGAAAGAGACGUUAAGAAAUGAAGGCACACAAAAGCCUAUAGCCUCUAAAUAAUGAAAGGCUUUCAUUUUACUUGAUUGAGACUUUUCUUGAGUAUCUCUUUAGUUAAUUGAAACCCCUUAUUGGAGGUUAUUAGAUUUAGUGAAUUGAACAGUGUAUGAAUAUGUCAAUUCAAAGUGUUCAAGUAGCAAUUGUGCUACCUGUGUAAAGUAUACAGUAAUACAAUGUUUUACAGUGUUUGUCCAGCAUGUUUUCUCUGUUUUUCUAGAUCAGCGGUCUUCAGCCUUUUUCAAACCAAAGCCUUUGCAUUAACACACAUUAGCUGCAUUUUAUGCCUGCCCAACGCUAUCUCACGACCAAUUCGUACUUAUUUUACGAAGUGGCUUAUUCGUACGAAUUUGUACGACCUCACUCGUACGAUUUUAUACGAUUUUUCUAAACCCCAGUGAUGGUUAGGUUUAGGGGCGGGGUUAGGUGUAGGUCAUUCGUACAAAUUCAUACGAAUUUUGCAACUCGUAAAAUAUGUACAAUUUGGCAAAAAUCGUAUGAAUUCGUAUGAGUGUGGUCGUAUGAAUUUGUACGAAUAAGCCACCUCGUGAAAAAUUUACAAAUUGCCGUGAGAUCGGCUUGGCCUGUCCUAAAAUAUAAUUCAUAAACCAUGUUCAUGUAUUUAUACAUUUUUUUUGCUGGAAGAGUCAUGAAGUAAUUAUUACACAGCCCUGUAUCUUGGAGGGAGAAAAAAAUAAUAUUACUGAUGAUGCUGAGUUCAUUUUCUGUCAACUACAGUUUUUACAGAUUUAACUUCUUUAUGAAAAUAACAAAAGCAUUCAAAUUACAAAAAAAGAAGUAUUCAAAAUUUCGAUUUUUCUCACUAAAUCUGUAUUUUUCUGACACUGUUUAGUAACACACCAAUAGAUGUAGCUGAAAACAUCUGGUCAUGCUUGAAUUUUAUUGGCCAAACUUAAAAAACAAUUAUUGAUCAGCACCCCAUUAGUAAGAAACAGGUAUUGUAUUUCAUUCAGCAAAUAUGAUACAAGUUGACAUAAUAUACUGUAAUGCUCUUAAAAAUGAUUAAUAAUCAUUAUUUAAAUUUGCAUAAUAUUUUAAUGUGAGUGACACAAUUAAAUAUUCAUCUUGAUUUUGUUUACCACAUUUCUAUUUAUUUCACACACACAAACACAAAAAUACUGCUUGGCAUUAACAAUAAUUGGCAGACCACUUCCAGUCUCACUGUUGAAGACCUCUGGCCUAGACAGUCACCAAGCUGUGUGGAUUUACUGUAAAAUAAUAAAACAGAUGUAUGUUGUGUAAUAUUUGACUUUACUUUGACCAACAGUGAUUUACAAGAUGGUGAUCUGAGGUCACUGUCCAUUCUUGUUCCUGUAACAUAUUGCACUGUUCAGUGCAAAUAUUGCGGGUAUGACAAUUUGAACCAGAAAUACUUUGUCUUAUUCAAGAACAAACUGAUCUUUAUUUUCAGUGACUUAAGGAUCAGAAUAACCUACAUGUCCUUGAAUGUAUUCUCAUAAUCCACUGUAGUGGACAAAAAAUCUAAAUGACAAGAACGAGAGUGAACAGUCGGCCGCUGUGCUUAUGGGCUACAGAUGGUUAUACUGUAGAAAGACUGUAUAAUAUUUAUGCUGUAGUAACUUCGGCAGAAAGUUUCUCUUUAAUCAGGACAUAGUGAGACAGUUAGCUGUAACUGCUUGACUUUGAACAGAGAAGUAGGCCAGAGAAAUAAUCUCACUUUGAAGUUUUGAAACACAGAGCAGAGAGGACGUCAACUGUACUGUAGAUAUUCCUAAAACAUAUAUAUGAAUGAACAAUAGAAAUAUCAGUGACACUGUCUGAAACGUGCAUAAAAUAGACAACAUUUGUGUCUGACUUUGAGAAAAAUCACUGUCAGUUUACAGCGAUAAUACAAUGUUUACGAGGUGGAACCUCAACUGUUGAUUCUCAGAAGGCUUUGCGCACUAUUAUAGAUGUAUAAAAUUCAUGUUUAGGGCUUAACACUUUGUAUUAAGAGGUGAUAGUGUUUUUUUUUUCUUUUGGAAUGUGUUUGCUGUUCGCAUGACCCCUGAGAACACUGAAAAUGUCAGUUUCUGAUGUGUUAAAUUAGCUUGUAACACUGAAUUUCAAUAGAGGCUGAUUUGCGCUGAUAAGAUUUGCGCUGAUGACAUGAGGUUAAAAACCUAGAACUUGUCACCCUUUUGAAGCUUUAACACCCUUGUUUAUAAAGCUUAUAAAAGAACAGAUCCGUUUUUCUUUCAUAAAGUAGACAGCUGGGAUUUUGUGGUUUGAUUUAGCAGUUUAAUGUCAAAUUGUGCCAUAAUAUCACAAAGACCUAAUUCGCAGUUUUAAAUAUGUCAAACUGUCAUGUUCUUAUGAAUGUUGAACAGGAUCUGUCAGUAGAACCAAAUGAAGUUUUGACUAGUGUUGUUGUUUUUUCUUUUAUUCACAUCUUAUUGGAUUUUCUCUUGGAGUGGGCAAAAAUUCUGGUAAUAAAGUAAUUUCUUUGUGCAAA